AUGAAGGCCGAGGUGGUUUUGAUGAGCACGUGGGUUGCUGUGGAGUCUCUAACCAUUGGCGCUGCCGGGUUUGGCGUUGGGCCGUUCGUCGAACUUGUUGCGAACGACCGCGGAGAGGCUGACGGCCAUACUCGGCGAUUCGCGGCUUUCCUGGGCUCAUUGAUGCUCCUCAACGUAUACGGCGUUGCUACCGCGCUUGGCAGCAGCAAUGGAGCGGGAUCAGCCGCCAUCGUGCACACGGUGCUUGUCGCUGACGAAAUUGCGAUGGCUGCCGCACUGGCGGUGGAAUCCGUGCAUGGAGACCGCCUGGCCGUCGCGUGGCACGUGGCGCUGCUACUCGGCUUCGGGGCGCUUCUGGCGCGCGGCAAGUAG